UUACAGUAAAGCAGUCUCCUCAAAAGAGUAAAGAAAGAGAAAAAGAGAGAAUAUGGAUCCUGAAGGUUUCACGAGUGGCUUAUUCCGAUGGAACCCAACUAGAGCAAUGGUUCAAGCACCAACUGCGAUUCCUCCACCGCAGCAGCAGCAGCAAUCGCCGGCAACACCGCAGACGGCAGCGUUUGGAAUGCGACUAGGUGGUUUGGAGGGUUUGUUCGGUCCUUAUGGAGUACGUUUUUACACGGCGGCGAAGAUAGCAGAGCUAGGAUUUACGGCGAGCACGUUGGUGGGCAUGAAGGACGAGGAGCUUGAGGAUAUGAUGAAUAGCCUCUCUCAUAUCUUUCGUUGGGAGCUUCUUGUUGGUGAACGGUACGGUAUCAAAGCUGCUGUUAGAGCUGAACGAAGACGACUGCAAGAAGAGGAAGAGGAGGAAUCGUCUAGACGCCGUCAUUUGCUACUCUCCGCCGCAGGGGAUUCCGGCACUCAUCUUGCUCUUGAUGCUCUCUCCCAAGAAGAUGACUGGACAGGGUUGUCAGAGGAGCCGGUUCAGCACCAAGAUCACACUGAUGCGGCGGGGAUCAACUGCGGAGGAAGAGGAGGUCAUUGGGAAGCAGGGCAGACGACAAUAAAAAAGCAACAGCAGAGACGCAGAAAGAAAGCGAUUGUAACGUCAGUGGAAACUGAUGACGACGGCAACGAAGGUGAGGAUGACGACGGGAUGGAUAUUGUUAACGGAAGUGGGUCAGGGAUGGAGAGACAAAGGGAGCAUCCGUUUAUUGUAACGGAGCCAGGGGAAGUAGCACGUGGCAAAAAGAACGGUUUGGAUUAUCUUUUCCACUUGUACGAACAGUGCCGCGAGUUCCUUCUUCAGGUCCAGACCAUUGCUAAAGAUCGUGGCGAAAAAUGCCCUACCAAGGUGACGAACCAGGUGUUCAGAUACGCUAAGAAAUCGGGCGCAAAUUACAUAAACAAGCCAAAAAUGCGACACUACGUUCAUUGUUACGCACUGCACUGCCUCGACGAAGAAGCUUCAAACGCUCUCCGAAGAACGUUUAAAGAACGCGGGGAGAACGUUGGGUCGUGGCGUCAGGCUUGUUACAAGCCACUUGUGGACAUAGCUUGUCGUCAUGGCUGGGAUAUAGACGCCGUUUUUAACGCUCAUCCUCGUCUUUCCAUUUGGUAUGUUCCCACUAAGCUGCGUCAGCUCUGCCAUUUGGAGCGGAACAAUGCGGUUGCUGCGGCUGCGGCUUUGGUUGGCGGUAUUAGCUGCGAGGGAUCGUCUGCGUCUGGACGCUUUGGGGUUUAAUUAGCUCAUGAGUUGUUGUGGUUUACUUUUUCGUUAUCUUAAUUAAUUAUUAGUCUUUAAUUUGGUCCUUCUUGGCUAAUUUGUCUUCUUUUUCUUUUCUUAAUCAACCGUUUUGGCUAAUUAAAUUGGAUACACGCAGAUUCUUCAUUUUGUGUAAACCGUAUUUUGAACACAUUUGGCGAUAUUAAUUCGAAGCACUCUAUAACAUUUUAUUUUUGAACAUUAACAAUACCCUUUUGUAAAAUACUAGGUAAUACCCGCGCUACGUCGUGGAAGUUUUUUAUAUAAAAGUUUUAUAAGUAUUAUAUUUUAUAGAUUUAUUUUUCAACUUUUGAUAUUAAAUAAAAUUUGAUUAAAAUGAGAUAUCAAUAGACUAUCGGUACUAAAUUUCACGUGUGAGGGAAUUUCAAUUUUUUUAUUUUCUGAAAUAUUUUAUAUCUAUUUUUAAUUUAAUGAUAUUUCUGAAAAAUUGAGAAAUUUUGUUUGUAAUGUAUAGGUUGUGUUUUUUGGUCUAGUGUGAAGUUUGUCUCAUUUAUUCUUAUGUUAAAACUUAAUGGUUGAUUUGUAAGAAUACAUCGUAAAUAUAUGUUAGAGUGAUUUUCAAAAAUAGACAUAUAUUGAUUUUUUAUUACAUGAUAGAACACUUGUUGCUACUAUCACACAUUCUUGUGGCUAAAGUCAUGUGUGUCCCUAAUAAAGUGAAACCAGAUGGGGAUAUUGUGGUAAUAGACCAAAUUGUUCUGGUUGGUUUGGUUUAUGGGUUUAAAUUUUAAAAAUACCAUAUUCUGAUUGGUGGACUCAGGAAGAAGCGUUGUUUGUUUAAUAAAACUAAUUGGUGUCCGUUAAAAAAAAGUAAAAUUGUAACUUUUUCACUUUCCCAACCCUAGACCUAAUUAUCUAAUUCCCAAAUACUUUCAUUAUCUCCGACGACGAACAGCGGCGAGAAGACAACGGAGUGGGUGGCUGACGCCGGAAGAUAAAGUGGUGGUUAUAAGAGAUAUCACCAUCGUCGAGGAGGACGUAGGCGGGGAAAGCGAUAGCCGAUGUUUAAGUUUUCUUCUCUCAAAAUUGUCGCUUUAAAAGAUAUUUGGGUUAAAAGAAACCAUGACUUGAAAUUGAUAUUUGUGUAUGUUGAAGGCUUGUUUUGUACCAAGUUGAGGCAUGAAUCCAAAUUUUUGUGGGAUUCUCAAUUGCCCUUCAGUUUUGGGCGUUUGAAGCCAUCCCCGCUUUACUUGAGUGUUUAGGUGGAGACGAUGAGGAGAAGCUGCUGAGUUAUGUUGGUGAGAAUCUCCCACAACAUGAUGGGUUGGUUCUGUACAGAUGUACAUGUGGACUUGUAAACGAAUGUACUUUUGGCUGUACAUGUGGACAUGUGAACGAAUAUGCGUUUGGCUGUACAUGUGGACACGUGUAUUAUGUGGUGUCUAGCAAAUUUCUUUGGUUCUGUGUACUGAGAAAAAUACAUGAAAUGUUGUACUUUUUUGUAUUAGAAAGCUGAGAAAAAUGAGAUUUUUACAUGAAAGCUUGUAUUUUUUUUGUGUCAAAAGGCUGAGAAAGAUGUGAUUUUCAUCUUGGUGAUCUAUCAUUAUGAAACUUAAGUCCAACAGCUGGUAGGAUGAGUUGGUUUAUUCUCACAUGAGAAACCACAUUGGAGGUGAAGAGUUUAGGUACAUAUGUAUGAACUUUCUGCAUGUACAUGUCUAUCAUUAUCCACAUGUACAACAAUGUACACCAAUAUAAACAAGUUCCACAUACACCGAAUUAUGAUAUCCACGCGUACAACUCAGCAAAUGUACACAUAUGAACUAAAUAUUAACAAAUCGAUACUUUCAGAAGGAGAAGUCUGGAACACUGAUGCAAUGGUUGGGGAUGAGAGUUAAGAUGUUGACGACGAUAAGGAGGAAGAGGAUAAUGAAACUUAAGUCUAACAGCUGGUAGGAUGAGUUGGUUUAUUCUCACAUGAUAAGCCACAUUUGAGGUGAAGAGUUUAGGUACAUAUGUACAAGAAUUUUCUGCAUGUACACAUGUCUAUCAGUAUCCACAUGUACGAUAAUGUACACCAAUAUAAACAAGUUUCACAUGUACACUGAGUUAUGAUAUCCACACGUACAACUCUACACGUACACAUUUGAACUAAAUAUUAACAAAUCAAAACUUUCAGAUAAAAUCAUUAAGUGAAAGUCUAUUAUUCUCUUCAUAUUCAUCCAUUGGCAUGUCAAAAAGUUGUGGUUAAGCUAAACUUCUCUUGCAAUGAUUCAAUCACCCAAUGUUCUAAGUUAAAACAUUGUUCCACAACCAUUUUUAAGAAAGUACAACCCCAUUUACAUGAUGAAUUAAACCCCAUUUUUAAGCAAUGAUUCAAUCACCCAAUGUUAUGCUUUAAACAUCUCUUCUAGCAUAUCGUCGCUGCAAAGAACAGUUUCAUCAAUGAGUGAGAAGAGGAUUAAUGUGCUGAUUUUGUGCUGAUUUUGCAGUAGAUUAUCUUGUUAAUUUACAGGGUAAUGAGGAUUGAAGGAGCUGACUUUACGUAGAGAAGAGGAUGAGGGAAGAUGGGGAACAAUUGGAAAUGAUCUAAACCGUCGAUUCCAAAAGGUUGAUCUAACGGUCUAGGAGCUAAGCAGGGGAGGUGUCUUGUCUAGAUCUAUGAGAUUAAAUCUCAGGCGUUGAAAAUAAAGUAAGAUCAAGGGGUAGGGAUGAAUCCCGCCAGGAAAAAAAAGGGGAAGAAACUUGGUACUUGAUCUGUAACGAACUGGGAGAAAUAUUAGUUAGAAAGUAACUAGAGUUAAGCCAAGUUGUUAUGUAAAGUGUGUGGGUAGCUCAAAGUGUCCUAGAGUGUGAUAAAAAGAGGAAAAGUGUCUUAGAGUGUAAAUCUUUCUAUAUGUUACCUUGAAAAUGUAGUGAAGUUAUAACCAUAUCUCGUACUGGUUAGGAAUGUACACUUCGAAAAGAAGAUGAUUCACAUAAUAAUUUUGAGCAAAGUCAAUGCUUCAUUCACUUAACAGAUGGAUUGCUCCCUCUAUGAUCGAAUCAGAUUGUUAGAUUCCUGCAACUUUUGUGAACGUCCUCUUGUAUUCUAUAAAAUGCUGAACUUGAUGAUACAACGGAAUUGCGAUGAUGUUUCAAACAAGAUGCUUGAUUAUCACUGAGUUUCUCUAGGUCUGGUGAUUCUGUUGUUGUUCUUGUUGAUGAUCACUGGAUUCUAAACUUUGUCUCAUCUCCAGUGCUUUCAACCUGGCUAUUUGAAGCUUAUACAAGAUCUUACAAAAAGAAAUUCCAAUAAAAUGAUCAUGGUUUGCUCGUUUCUGUGAGAUUUUAAUAAAUAAAAAAGGAACUCGAGGUUUUUAACGGCAGCUUAUGCUUUCACCUUCUGCAUAUUUUCUCAAGCUGCAGUCUUCGGUUCCUAUCUUUGCAAUCUGUAAGCAAUCAUACAAAGAAAAAAAUGAAAGAUUCAUGGCUGUUCUGAGAUCAUUUUUUCUCUUUUAUCCAUUUUUACUUCUCACCUCACAUCUACAAGGAUUUAUUUUUACAAGACCUGCUCUAAUUUCAACCACAGAAACAACCAUAGAAUGAGCUGAGUAGUUAAGUUAUUGAGGAGACUAAAGACGAUUAUUGUUAAUACAACUCUUCUGAGCUCAUAUGGGUAGCUAUAUCUCAACCAACAUUACACUGCCGUCGUCAUCUCUCACUCCUUUGUAUUCUCUGCUUUCGCCUCUACAUUGACGUCGUCCUUUAUGAAGUGAUGAAGUUUCUUAACCCAUCAAAUCAAUCCACCUCAUGCUAUGUCCUAGAUUUUAGUCAGCUUAUUUCUUCCUGAAAUAGUAAUGAAAUCCGUAGUAAGCUUUGUUUCGUCCUUUCCAAAUAAUCAAUCUUAGGAUCAAAAUCAAUACCUAAUGAAAAUGAUGAUGGCUUGAUUUGGAGAGGAAGAAGAAGAAUCCUAAUGCGUUGAUGUGAUGUGUACAAAAAAAAAUGUGAUGUGUAUGAACUUUGUUUUAGAAAGUUGUAAGAGUUUACAGACCCAAAAAAAUUUAGUUAUUUUUUUAAAAGACUGAUACUUAAAUCUUUAUUUAUUUAUUUAUUUUUUGUUCAAAUACUUAAAUCUUUAUUAAACUGUCAAAAAUAUGCAAAACUCAGCAUCACAAAUUAUGAGCAACACUCAUAUAAAAAGCUCAUUCGUAUAUCUAGAAGCUUACUAUUGUUUUUUUUUUGAAACUUAGCUUAUUAUUGUUUCAGAAUAUAUAUAUAUAUAUAUAUAUAUAUAUAUAUAUAUAUAUAUCCAAUCAUAGUUAUUUGAUUCGUUAUAUCUUAUAUGUUUUGUGCAAUAAAAAAACUUCUCUACUACAACUCUUUUGAAGUACGACAAUAGAAGAAGAAAGAAGCUCUAAUUUAUAAACAAACUGGAAAACCACAUUAGAAGUGUAACUUAGCAUGACAAGUCUCUCGCCUUUGUGAUCAUACAAAGGAACAUAACGUAUACCCUGUCUCAGCUCGCCACAGACAAACAUGUCUGUCCCGAGAAGUCGUCCUUCUCUGGCAUGAACUUCAACUGUGAGCAACGCCAGCUCUGGUACUGUGAGCGGAAACUCAAACUCCUCGUCCCAAAAUGACCCCAAGUGUUUUCUUCUUUCUUUAUUUUCUUCAUUACUCUAUCACCUCUUACUCCUGUUAGCCCCACCUGCUUUCACAAAAAAAAAAGUUCAAUGCAUAUGAAAUAGAUCACAUAGUAGAGAAUCUCAAUGUAUUAAGCAUCUAAAUCAAAGUGACUCUUGUAUAAUGAGUUGUUUGCCGUUGUGUUGAAGUUAGGAGAAGACCCACCUGCUUUCACAAAAAAAAGAGUUCAAUGCAUAUGAAAUAGAUCACAUAGUAGAGAAUCUCAAUGUAUUAAGCAUCUAAAUCAAAGUGACUCUUGUAUAAUGAGUUGUUUGCCGUUGUGUUGAAGUUAGGAGAAGACCAAGGGUUGAAACUUUCUCGCUGGAAACCAGAGUCCCAUCCUUUUCCCAUGUAUACUUUCCUCUCGGAGUUGUUCUGAUUGGUAACUUCGCUUUGGAGUCAAAAACUUCUUCGUCCGUACCUUUGUUCAUCGAAAGUGUGGUUUCUUCACGUAUUGCAUCAUCCAGAAAGCUCUUCCAUAGCCCUACAGAUCAGAGGUACAAGAUGAUGGAGUUUUGGUAAAUGUUGAAAAGGCCUGAGAGAAAAAAAAACAAAAAAAAAACUACAAA